GCCGAGCCGAGCCGAGCCGUGAUGGCGGCCGCCGCGGAGCUGCAGGCCAAGUACCAGAAGCUGGCGCAGGAGUACUCCAAGCUUCGAGCUCAGAACCAGGUGCUGAAGAAAGGGGUUGUAGAUGAACAAGCCAACUCUGCUUCUCUGAAGGAGCAACUGAAGAUGAAGGAUCAAUCAUUGAGAAAACUGCAGCAGGAGAUGGACAGCUUGACCUUUCGAAAUCAGCAGCUUGCCAAGCGAGUGGAGUUGCUUCAAGAUGAACUUGCUUUAAGUGAAACUAGAGGCAAGAAAAGCAAGAAAGGUGGAGAAUCUUCAUCUCAGUUGAGUCAAGAGCAGAAAAGUGUCUUCAAUGAAGAUCUUCAAAAGAAGAUAGAAGAGAAUGAGCGACUGCAUAUACUUUUCUUUGAAGCAGAUGAGCAGCACAARCGUUUAGAAGCAGAGCUGAGAAGCAGACUUGAUGUUCUGGAAACGGAUGCUGCCCAGCAUCAAGCUGUGGUGGACAGUUUAACACGGAAGUACACGGAUACCAUAGAGAAGCUGCAGCAUGAUAAAGCCAAGUUAGAAAUCAAGUCUCAGACACUAGAAAGAGAAGCUAAGGACUGUAGGCUUCGAACCGAAGAAUGCCAGCAGCAAUUGAAGAAUCUUCAGGCGACUUUGGGCAGUAGACUGGAAGAAUCUCUAAGCAUAAUCAAUGAAAAAGUACCUUUUAAUGACACAAGAUCUAAUCAAUACAAUGCUCUGAAUGUGCCAGUACAUAACAGAAGAUACCAGCUGAAGUUGCGAGACCUGGCUGGACAGGCCCUUGCUUUCGUUCAGGAUCUUGUAACAGCUCUCCUCAACUUUCACACGUACACUGAACAGAAAGUCCAGAUAUUUCCUGUUGAUUCUGCAACAGAUACUAUAUCACCAUUAAAUCAGAAGUUCUCACAGUAUCUUCAUGAAAACGCGUCSUACGUCCGCCCUCUGGAGGAAGGAAUGCUGCACUUGUUCGAGAGCAUCACGGAAGACACCGUGACCGUGCUGGAAACAGCGGUGAAAUUGAAGGCUUUUGCAGAACACUUGUCUUCGUACUUAUGCUUUUUAAGAAAGAUUCUUCCGUACCAAUUAAAAAGUUUGGAAGAAGAGUGUGAGUCUUCUCUUUGCACAGCUGCCUUAAGAGCUAGAAAUAUGGAGCUACACAGAGACAUGAAGAAGCUGACUGCGGUCUUUGAGAAGCUGCACGUGUACAUUAGUCUCCUUGCUCUACCAAGUACAAAACCAGAAAGUGGUCUUAGGACGAAUUACAGCUUUGUGUUUACAAACAUUGCUACAAGUCUUCAUGGAUUUCACGUCAUUCUGGAAGACAUUUCCAAGCACUACAGUCAGAAAGCAACUUUAGAACAAGAGGUUCCAACAGCCACGCAGAAGCUUAUAACAACAAAUGACUGCAUUUUAUCCUCUGUUGUGGCCUUAACAAAUGCAGUGGGCAAGAUCGCCUCGUUCUUCAGCAACAAUUUGGAUCACUUCACUGCUUCACUUAGUUAUGGACCUAAGGGAGGAACUGAAUUCAUCAGCCCUCUUUCAGCUGAGUGUAUGCUGCAGUACAAGAAGAGGGCAGCUGCCUACAUGAAGUCUUUGAAGAAGCCUUGCUCAGAUUCAGUGCCUUAUGAAGAGGCUUUGGCCAAUCGCAGAGUUCUUCUGAGCUCCACGGAAAGCAGAGAAGGCCUCGCACAGCAGGUCCAGCAGAGCCUGGAGAAAAUUGCGAAACUUGAACAGGAAAAAGAGCACUGGAUGUUGGAGGCUCAACUAGCUAAAAUAAAGCUCGAGAAAGAAAACCAGAAACUGAAGCACUCUCUUAGUGGCCAUUUAGCUGAGUCUGUACAGGAGCGCUCUGUCUUGCCAAAUGCAGCUGAGCAGAAGGAGGAGUCCAUAGAGAAGAGUCAGAGGGAGCCUGUUAAAACUACGAGUUUGAUUGGGAUGUUGACUAUAACUACUGAUAAUGAAAAGGCUCCAGAUAAUGAGUCUCGUGAAGACUUGAUAAAAAACCACUAUAUGGCCAGGAUAGCAGAACUUACAUCUCACUUGCAACUUGCUGACAGCAAAUCCGUGCACUUUCAUGCUGAGUGCCGAGCGCUUGCCAAAAGACUGGCUUUAGCAGAGAAGUCCAAGGAGUCGCUUACGGAAGAGCUGAAACUAGCUAGUCAAAACAUCAGCAGACUACAGGAUGAAUUGAUGACGACAAAGAGGAGUUACGAGGAUCAGUUGAGCAUGAUGAGUGACCAUCUCUGCAGUAUGAAUGAAACCUUAACUAAACAAAGGGAGGAAAUUGAUACACUAAAGAUGACUAGUAAGGGAAACUCUAAAAAGAACAAAAGUCGAUAGUUCACAGCUAACCAACCAUCUUCAGAGGCUGCUGCUGCACAGAUUGCAGAUCCGGGCAACUCCCUGUCCAGCUCCUGGUGGUUGCAGGAAGCAGAGGUGUUUUUGGGUCUGGUAAAGGCAGUUUUGGUGCUGUCGGUGGCUUUCAGACAUUUAGAAUUUGUAACGGAUGAAAUGGAACUUAAUGUCAGCUCUGAACCAGAAAAUAUGUACUCUGUGGAUAAUUUAUAUAGUAAUUACCCUCAGUUUUUACUGUGCACUUUUUAAAACCAGAUUUUAAUUUCAUGUAACUUCAGCUUUUGUAUAUUUUCAGAUCUGAUUAUGUGUUAACAAACUAGAUAUCAGUGCAGUAGUUGGUUUCUGAGUUAAGUUGAACUGUCAAUGUGUACAUUCGGUUACUAGCUAAUAGCAGUCUAAAAAUGAAGCUUGAAGACUUUUUGGGGGCCAUGCACGCUGUGCAGUUAAUGUAAAUGUGUUAUUCCUGUUCUCAGCUCUUCUGAAAUUAUUGGGGUUGUGGCUUUAAUAAUGAUUUCUAUAAAUUCACACAAGUAAAUGGGAUCAUUCUUAUUGUAGACCAUAAUAAUGAAAACUUGCUGCUUGUAUUUGGCACUUUGGAUUCUGAAAUAAAGAGCACAAAUAGCUGGCUUGGGAUAUGUGUAUGAAAUUACUUUAAACACUUAUGUAGGCAUUUUGUUUACUGAUUGAAAUAGCUUGAAAUAACUGUGUAAAACUACAGCAAAAUGUGCUUGUAGGWUGCCCCAAAGAGAAGCAAUAUACAUUUGUAGAAUAAAUCUGCUAACUGUGCUUUUUUACAGUAAAAAAAUAUGAAUCAUGUAGCAGAUUUAAGCACUGAAUUUGCAAAGAAGUCUUUUGUGGAAUUUAGACGUUAUCCUGAUGGAGUGACUGUGGGUGAGGAUGCGGCUUUUUCUGUGUUUCAGGAGAUGUGUGAACUUUCAGCCUCCUGAAUCUCUUAGAAWUUC